CCGGUCAAAGUGCGAAAUGCAGCCAACAGGAGCAGCAGUCUGCGUAUUUUCCCGACGUCGCACGAAACCAACUCUUACUAUCCCAACAGUCGAAUGCGUCCGGCUGAAUACCACGGAUACUCGCCCUAUGACACGCCUAGAAGCGAAGUCCUGUCCUCGUCAUCGUCUUCGCAUCUGAUUGAAACGAAACGCGGUACUGGCACUGUCAUCAUCAUCAGAGGCAACAGUGGAAUGCAAGCAAAUGAACCGCCGCCGUCGCCGGAUGCGAAGCGUCACAGUCCCGCCGGAAGUGCAUCCGUUGAGUUUGAGACGCAUCACGAUGGAGGACGUGUUUUUGAGAAGCGAAUUGAAAGCCGGAUCGUCAACAAAAAAGCGAAUCCGAUUUACGCGAAUGGAGCUGUUUUGAAGCAGCAACAACUCUGGGCCGAAGCCCCGAAGAACUCUUCAAUUCAUUUUGGCCGAAAUUCGAAGAACAUGCUGGACGAAAAACAAGAAGGAAGACAAAUUUCAUCCGUGAAGGAGUCUUCGAAGCAAAGACGAUUCGUCGACGCAAGCUCAAAUUCUCCCAACAGCAAUCGCACAACCUUCAAACAUCAAGAUGGCCAAUCCGGAAAUCAUUCGGACGAUAGCAGUACAGGCGAUCGUUCGACAGAAGAUUACAACAGCAGUAGCAGUGAUGCGUCAGUUGGCAAAGUGCGCAUUAAAAUCGGAGAUCGAGGGGCAGUGAUUAAAGGAAGUGCGACGAAUGCGUCUGAACACGAACGCAGUACAAGAAGACCCCCGACAGAAGCCCGACCAGAACCUACUGGUGCCUCCACAGAUGGCUCUGCUUGCAACACUUCUUCGGCUACUGAAGAAGAUGAGGAAGAAGCCGUCGAGGAAGACGAGGACGACGUCGGAAACGCGUUCAAGGAAGCUGAGGCUCAAGCACACAGCUCUGACUUCGUUGGUGUCGAGCAAUCGGAAGCUUACGAGGAUCAAGAAUCACUUCCCUUGCAAAUGCAAGAUUGCGCAACGCAAACAGAAUACGACGAAGACGCUGACCUCGAACCGAUGUUGGACCUGGUUACCGGGGACAUGAUCCAUCCCAUUACUACCCUUUCCCAUCACUCGGUCCAGCAUUCUCCGCGUUCUUCGGAAAAUCGGGAUUCCAGUCCCGAGAUUGAUUGGGACUCCCCGCCGAUUCACAUCAACUCAAGAGCAGCCACCGUCGCGGAUUCCAGCGUUUGUGAAGAAGAUGAUUUGGAUUCGAUGUUCGGUGUGGAUCAAGUGGAUUUCGAGGAUGCGCAAUCUGUGGAAGAAGAGACUGGACGAUUUCAAGAAGACUAUGACGGAUCAACCAUCAGGCGGAAACAUUUCCUGAGACUGGCCCCAGCAACCCAGGAAGUGGAUGCCAGGAUCGGUUCGGAGACGGAAGCAGAUUUUCUAGACAGAGAUGUUGACUUUGAUGCUGGCUCGAGCCCCGUGGAACAUCCAGUUGAACCUGCUGUCGAUUACGAUGACGUGGACCCGGAAGAACAGAUUCCGAAUCAGGAAGUGGCUCAAUACUUCGACAAUGAGGCUGAAGCUUCUUUGCAUUUCGGACAAGAAGACGCAUCCUUUGAUUCCCAGGAUGAAGCAGAAAAGUGCGGAGCAGCAGAAUCGGAGGACGAGAAUCGCCCCAAACCAGCCCUAGAUGUCGCGAGGAACCCUCCGCCACCAAUUCCGCCUCAACCUCCGUUGGUCAUCCGCAAGCCGCGUGCCCCCGGGCUCGGGCCACCGCCUCCACCUCCACUGUCCGCCGCCGCCGCACGCGGGCCGCCGACCGCCAUCAUUAAAGACACCGCCGAGAAGGACACAGACUCGCCUCAACCGGCAGACAGGUGUCCUCGCACCGAGAGAGACGCAGCUGCGGACGAGCGGCCCGGACGACUAGCGCAGGUGAGCACGCAUUGCUAUCACUUCAGUUGA